CACCGCACAGUCUGCUCACUCUGGUUUAACCGCCUUUGCGCACGCGGGUUUGACUGUGGAUUCCGGAACAGCACACUUCCUGGUACAGAGUUUAAAACUCGCGAUUUUACUCGGUUUAAUGUUGAGUAUUAUCUUGAUAAAAAAUGACAUUCAGUACAUCAUAAGAUAUUUGGACACACAGGCCGUCAAAGCUCUUCCGAAUCUCGGUUAUUUGACUGUGGAGAGGAUUUUCAGAAUUGAAGGAUGACAGAUCCAAACAGACCUCAGCGCAAGCUGUCCACAUCAGGAGACAGCUUAUACAAGACACUGGGCUUGCAAAAAGGAGCUUCCUCUGAGGACAUUAAAAAAGCUUAUAGAAAACUUGCACUCCGGUAUCACCCAGACAAGAACCCAGACAACCCAGAGGCUGCUGAAAGGUUUAAAGAGAUCAACAAUGCUAACUCCAUUCUUAAUGAUGAGAACAAACGUCAGAUCUAUGAUGAAUAUGGCUCCAUGGGCCUUUACGUUGCUGACCAGUUCGGAGAGGAUAGUGUUAAAUAUUACUUCCUCAUGUCAAAGUGUUGGUUCAAGACACUUUUUUUCUGUACCAUGUUCUUCACUUGCUGCUGUUGCUUCUGCUGCUGCUGCUUCUGCUGUGGGAAGUGUGGAGUAAAAGAGGAAGAGGAGGAAUAUUUCUAUGUGGAUCCUGAGCAGCUUGAAGCCCAAAUGUCUGAAGAGCAAAACAAAGGGAAUCAAACUGUUAUCAUCGGACAACCAAUUCCCUCUGCAGCGCCUGAAGGUUCACCACAGGGUCCGGUGAUCAUAGGCAUGCCUAUUUCUAGUGCAGACACCAUAAACCAUUAAGGUGGAGACACAGCCGUAAACAUACAGCCAGCUUUCUACAGAACAUCAGUCUUAGGCAUUUAAAGAUUGUCAAAAGAAGUCUGCAGUGUCUCUGUACCUGGCCCAUUGUCAGUAAGGAGAAAGCUAAAAUUCAGCACAGCACUUGAGGAAAUUUUGGCUGAUAGUCAGGGGCUGUAUAUAGUGUGUGCUUUCUGUGGAGUGAAAGUGGUUCAACUUCAUUCAGAAUGUAUCGUUUACAUUUACUGCAUUUUUGCCGUCUGUACUUUUAAUGUGGCGUCAGGUCCUUUCUUAUAUUUAGUUAUUUAUAUUCAGUGAAAUCUUUUAAACUGACAAUAACUAAUUUGCCUUUGACUGGGUUUCUCUAGCCCAAAGAAAUAUACCGGUAUUCAUAUUGUACAAGAGAUGGAAAAAACAUAGUAUAAUUACAUAACAUCUUUAGUAGCACCCAGUACCAGUAUGUUUUGUUUGUCUUUGUUUGUCUUAAUUAACAAAUUUAAAUGGCAACUAUAUUUUAGUUGAAAUGCCGGUGGCCCUGAAACUUUCAUAUUUAACUUGUCUUUUCUCAUUAAAAAAAUCUUGACAGUAUUUAAAUAUUUUCAAUAUUUAACAUGGGACUUUACAAACACUUUAAAUGCAGCAGUGAUUGGACUUUGUUGUGAACAUUUGAAGUUGCAGAACUCUGCUUGCGAAUGUACUGUGAUUAAAAAAUCCAAGCAAAUAUUAGUUUUUGAUAUCUACAUGUACAUAUGAGUACAUAUUUUUAUCUGCCUUAGAAUAAAUGCUGUGCAUGCAGUCUCUGAGUGGAAAACAUUACUCACCCCCACCCCCCCAAAAAAAGAAUUAAGAAUCUGAAAUCAUGCCUGGAUUGGUAUUUAAUAAAGUUUUGUGAGUAUUGUAUUAAGUGCAAGUCAUAGGUUACUCAGGUAUCUGCUAGAUCGAUGCUUUCACGUUUCUGGGAUCUCACUAAGCUAUUUUACGUUGAAUUUUUGAGAAAUUUGAAUGAUGGCAUAACUAAUGAGUCAUCAGAUUUUUUUUUAUAUUACUAUAAUCAAUACAGUACAAUACUUCAGAUGUUUGUGUAAUAUAAAAAAUGUUUGUAUUUGUAAAUUGGAGGUGUAUGAAAUUAUAUAAAUGGAAUAAAUUAUAUUUUUGAUUGCUGCUGUUGUAUCUGUUUUACAGUGUACAAUGUAUAAAUGUGUAAUCCAUUGUACAAUGUUCUACAAAGUACAAUGGAUUGGAAAUUGUUGAAUAAAACAUAUUGUAUAUCCCUUGAA